AUGGUAGAUUCUACGCAAGAUGUUUCUGUUUUAGACCAGCUUGCUAUCUGUGUUAGAUAUGUUUUAAAUAAUGAAAUCCAUGAAAAACUUUUAAAGUUGAUAAUAGUUUAUGACUCCAGCGGAAAAUGUUUAUAUGAUUUGAUUUCAAGUGAAUUUCAUAAAUUUACUUUAGAUAUUUCUAAAAUUGUUGGUUGCUCAUUCGAUGGAGCAGCCAAUAUGAAAGGGACAUACAAUGAUUUACAAUCACAUUUAAAAAACAAGAAUCCAUUAUGUGUAUACACACAUUGUGUAGGACAUGUAUUGAAUUGGGUUAUGGUCGAUUCAUCGGAAUGUUGCGUGAAUGCAGAAUUUCUAUUCGGUUUAGUACAACAAUCAUCUACAUUUUUAUUAGAUUCCUACAAAAGAAUGAAAGUUUGCUUGAAUAAACGGUUUAUAAGUUAUACAAAAUUACUAAGUGAUUAUGUUUGCCUGGAUCCUAAACAUUUUAAUUCUAUAAAAAAUGAAGUACCUGAAAAUGCGUUACUAGAACUUUCAAUUCUAACAACUAUUGAUAGAAACACACUUGCAUAUGAAUUACAAUAA